AUGGUUAGAGAUAUUGGAGGUUUAAACGGUACUCGAAAUAUGUCUUUAGAGGAAAUUGUGGCCAUGUUUUUGUACACAUUGGCUCAUCAUUUAAAAAAUAGGACAAUUGGAAGUCAUUUUUUUCGAAGUGGAGAAAGUGUGAGUAGAAAUUUUCAUCGAUGUCUUCUGGCUAUUCUAAAGCUACAUACACACUUGCUUAAAAAACCGACACCUAUAACACAAGAAUGCGAAGAGAAUAGAUGGAAAUGUUUUGAGAAUUGUUUAGGAGCUUUAGAUGGAACUCACAUUAGUGUUCAAGUGCCAAGUGAGGAUAGACCAAAGUAUCGAACGAGGAAAGGUUCUAUUGCUAUGAAUGUUUUAGGUGUAUGUAAUCCUAAUUUGGAAUUCAUAUAUGUGCAACCUGGUUGGGAAGGAUCUGCUCAUGAUGGACGUGUCCUUCGAGAUGCUAUUAGUAGGCAUAAUGGUUUGAAAGUGUCACAAGGUGCCUACUAUUUGGUAGAUGCGGGAUACACAAAUUGUGAAGGGUUUUUAGCACCAUAUAGAGGUCAUCGAUAUCACCUUAAAGAGUGGGGGGACCGACAACCAAUUAGUGCAGAGGAAUACUUCAACAUGAAACAUUCUAAGGCCAGAAAUGUUAUUGAGAGAUGUUUUGGACUUUUGAAAGGAAGAUGGGGUAUUCUAAGGGCCCCUUCCUUUUUUCCAAUACGUACUCAUGGGCGUAUAGUUCAAGCAUGUGCCUUGCUACACAAUCUUAUUCGAAAGCAUAUGCCAACAGAUUACACUAUGUAUUUUGAUUCUGAUAGUGAUGAAGAAAGUGAUGACGAUGAGGAUGAUCUUGAUGAUGAAGUUGAGUAUAUUACUCAUAUAGCGACUUCAGAUGCUUGGACUAAUUCUAGGAACAACUUAGCACAAAAUUUGUUUAAUAAUUGGAGAGCUAGGCGUAGUAAUCAAGCAUAA